GGAGCCGCCAUGGAGCCGCGGCGGCUGCGCUGGGAGACCCUGGCCGCCCUGCGCACCUCCAGCAAGGGCCAGCUCAGCUACUGCCGCCACUGGCUGCACGACGAGGACGUGCUGGAAGGCUGCAUGGCGCCCCUCGUGCUCUCCUCCUACUCCGGAUGGGUCCUGGACAAGGUGCUCGGGCAGCCGGCGCAGGAGGCGGCGUCUUCCAGGAGCUCGACGCCCAAGGAGCCGGCGCCGCGAGCGGGCCUGUCCCCGGCGCCCGAGGCGGCCGCCUCCCCCGCCGGCCAGCGCGGCCCCUCGCCGCCCGCGAGCGGCCUGAAGGGAAACGAAGAUCUCGGUCUGGUGGAUGCAGAUCGGGAAAGCUUUCCCAAUAUUCCGCCGUCCAAAGUUACAGAAGUUGAAGGCUAUAUUCGGAUGUACGAAGAGAUGCACAGGUUGAAAGGAAAGGAGGAGCUAAGGCAACGUCAGGAGCAGCAAGAGCAGAUGGUGAGGGCAGUGUACGACCUGGCGAGYGAACAGCUGAAGCGCUUUGACGAACUGAAGGAGCUGAAGCAACAUCAGGAAUUCCAGGAUCUGCGGGAAGUAAUGGAGAAGAGCUCCAAGGAAGCUCAGGGACAGCAAGAGAAGUUGAAAGAAGAACAUCGACACAGAGCAAAGGUGUUAAACCUGAAGCUGCGCGAGGCAGAGCAGCAGAGGCAGCGUCAGGAGGAGCUGGAGCGGCUGCGUAAGGAGGAAGGCCAGGAGAGGCUGCGUCGCCUUUAUUCCAUCCAGGAGGAGCUGCUGCAGCUGAACCAGCAGAUUGACCCCAAUUAUAAACACAAGGACCUGCCAAGGAUCGAUUUUUCUGUGUACAGUAAUCGUGGCAACCAGAUCUGUGGGCUGGUGUCAGGACUCAUCCGCACUACUAGUGAGAGAGGCUUCCCUACUCAAGCAGAUGUGGCCAAUACUGAACGAGCACUGCAGGAAAUGCGAGGGUUGAUAUCUAGCAUGCAGCAAGAAAUUGCUGCAGCUGUGGAAGAAAAAAAGAGGAAAGAUGAAGAGGAGCAGAGAGAGAAGCAGAAAGAGUUACUGAAAAAGGAGCAGAUGACGAUCCAGGCUCCUGUCCCUGCACAGCAAUCAGGGGAAAAGCAGCAGAAGGAAGGACUUCAAGUUAAAGCAGACGAAAGUACCAUGCAGUGGUAUCAGCAGCUUCAGGAUGCUGCUGACCAGUGCAUCGCUUCCUUCAGCACAAUCAGCAACUGCAAGGACAACCAUGAGGUGAAGAAGAUUAAAAUGGAUUUGCAGAAAGCAGCUACCAUCCCUGUGAGCCAGAUCUCUAGUAUAGCAGGCUCUCAACUGAGAGAGAUAUUUGACAAGAUCAAUAACCUGCUYUCUGGAAAGUCUGUUCAGAGUGGAGGGCGAACUGUAUCCGUGACUCAGCAUCCACAGGGUCUGGAUUUUGUUCAUUACAAACUUGCAGAGAAAUUUGUGAAUCAAGGAGAAGAAGAAGUAGCUUCUCACCAUGAGGCAGCUUUCCCCAUUGCUGUGGUGGCUUCAGGAAUCUGGGAAAUACACCCUCAAGUCGGAGACCUCAUUUUAGCCCAUCUACACAAAAAGUGCCCCUACUCUGUGCCAUUUUACCCAGCAUUCAAAGAUGGGACUUCCUUGGAAGAUUAUCAGAGGAUGCUUGGAUAUCAAGUUAAGGAUUCCAAGAUAGAACAGCAGGAUAACUUCCUUAAACGGAUGUCAGGAAUGAUUCGUCUUUAUGCUGCUAUCAUUCAACUGCGGUGGCCUUAUGGAAACAGACAAGGGACCCAUCCUCAUGGUUUGAACCAUGGAUGGCGGUGGCUUGCUCAGAUGUUGAACAUGGAGCCUCUGGCAGAUGUGACAGCUACACUUCUGUUUGAUUUUCUGGAGGUGUGUGGCAACGCCCUCAUGAAGCAGUAUCAGGUCCAGUUUUGGAAAAUGAUGUUGCUUAUCCGAGAAGACUAUUUCCCAAGGAUUGAAGCAAUUACCAGCUCUGGACAAAUGGGCUCCUUAAUGCGUUUCAAGCAGUUCUUGGAGAAAUGUCUUCAUCAGAAGGAAAUUCCRUUACCGAAGGGCUCUCUGCAACCUUCCUUUUGGAGGUCAUAAAUCAGUUCAAGUUUCUUCCUCCCCGGGUGUUGGCACUUUCAGACCUGGCUUCUUGUUUAUACAGAGGGACAAGACAAAGUUAUGUGUAUUUAGAGAGAAGGUGAGAGUAUGUUCAGUCAAUAUGUUGGCAUUUAUUUCAUCAAGUUUUAAUGUUGGCAGAAUAUCARUAACUCUUUGUGGAAAAUAAUUGCAAGUUAUCCUUUAUUUUUAGACUAGUAUAAUGUUUUGUACAGUAAAUUAUGGAAAAUAGAAGAUUUUUUCCUUCAUAUAUUUAAACAUGUGGAAGAUGGAUUAAAUACAGAAUUACAAUUUCUUUCUCUGUUAGGCUUCAGAAUCUAGAGACUCUUUUGGAAUGAAAUUUUGCUCAGUGUGUUUCUGUUCAUGAAAGUGGAAAUACCUCAGGGCCUUAUGAAGUCUUAAAACAAAAAUCAAUCUCAGAAACUUACUGGCAAAACUUUAUUUUUGUAUGUAAUGUCUAGUUUUUAUAACUYGGUUUACAUAUAUGUUGCAGCAACAUCUUAAAGCUACAGAGAUUGGUAAAGGUAUUUGACCAAAAUGUGUGACUGUCACUUCUGUUGAAUGUAUCUUUGCUCCAAGAGGCAAUGUACUUAAUUUGAGAAAGAUAGAUAAGCUAUUUUAAAAAGUUCACAUGUAUAAUAACUUUGUGAGGGAAGAGCAGAGUUCCUAAAAUUGCAGAAAUUSUGCAUUCCUUAUCCAUCAUGUGGAUGGAAGCUAAUAAUCCAUUUUAUUAAAUAAAAACUGGGGAAACUG